GUGAACACCAUCUUCAAGCUAAAAACAGGUACAAUGUUUUCUUCGAAAUUACUGCAAAAUUGCAUGGCAAUGGAAUUUAUUGUAGAUGUAAUGGUGGAAAACGAUGAAGACGCGUAUUCCCGCAAGCUAGACAUUCAAUUCUUGCUAGACUCGUCUUGACCAGUGAACUCUAUUAGGUCUUGACGAGAUUUGUAGUCCAGUCAAUCUGUGACAAGAAGUCAAAGAAAUUGCAAUAGAAUUUUUUCAUUGGAAAAUUGUGAGAGAAGGUGUCGUGAUUAACAUACUUAAAAUAAAAAAAAUCCCUUCAGUGGAACAUGGUGAAAAUCGAGUUUUUCUUACUUCUACCUAUAGAAAAGCAUUGUGGACAGAAUGUUGAAAUUUUGAAAUCAUUUUUAGGCAAAUGUAACCUACAUUAUUGAAAAGCUUAGAAAAAACUAAAAUAUAGAUCAUUAAACGGUUAUAUUCAAUUUGCUGGUCAGUUUGUCGUUAUUCUAGCUCAAAUUUGGAAAAAUAGCGCAAAAUUUGCACAAAAUACAAAUUUAUGGCAUUUUAAAUCGUGUAUAACUUCGGCUGGAUAGGCAAAAGCAAGGUAACCGUUUAAUGAUCCAUAUUUUAGUUUUUUCUAAGCUUUCCAAUAAUGUAGGUUACAUUUGCCUAAAAAUGAUUUCAAAAUUUCAACAUUCUGUCCACAAUGAUUUUCUAUAGGUAGAAGUAAGAAAAACUCGAUUUUCACCGUGUUCUACCGAAGGGAUUUUUUGGAUUUUUAGUAUGUUAAUCAGAACAACUUUUCUCACACUUUACCACUGAAAACAAGUCUAUUGCGAUUACUUUGAUCAGGACCAUGUACUUAUAGUGAUUUGACUGGACUAUUAAUACAAAUAAGUUUUUUCAAACAAUUUUUCCUUCUUAACAAGUUUCACGAGCACGCGCUGUUUGAGUACGAGCACGCGCUGGUUGAGGAAUAGCUUUUGAAUAUCUCCCAGUCCCAAGGAAAACUUUUUCACGUUUUGCAGCACACACGAACAAAUAAAACUUAUUUAUUAAGGAAAACAUAUCAACGAAAACUUGCCCCCCCCCCCCCCAACCCAAAUUUUGGAAAAUUCGGGCAGAUUUAUCAGAAAAAAGGUUAAAUUGAGCUAAUUUCAUUACAAUCCUUCAUAAAAAUUCGGGAAAACUUUCAACUGCCCCCUGGAAAGCAUCAGCCCCGUACGUACGCCUAUGCUUAUUAAGUGAAACGUGGUUCUUAUAAAAGAAAUAUUACAAUUGCCCAAUUAAGGGCUUUCAGCUUAUCAAGGGGCUCUUGUUCUACUUACAAUAAUUUAUAAUUAAGUAGGAAGUGGGCGGUAAAUAGAAUUAUGACAAUUGAACAUUUCGUAAAGGAUGAAAAGUUAAAGUAAUAAACAAAUUGAGGAAAAAGAGGUAGAAAAAUAUAAUUAUAUUAUAAUAAAUAUAAAUAUAUUAUAUUAUUAUUAUUACAAUAUUCGGGGAUUGCCAGACACAAGCACAGCUAGCUUUGAGAAAGGCUUCAUGCAUGGACGUGGAUUUACAACUAUCUUAUCCAAUAGUAUCUAAGAGUUUGCUCAAUCUUUAUAUAGGACGUGUCUUCCUGCCGAAGCUGAACCAACGCUGAACUCGAGCUCUUGCUAUCCUUUGGUAAACUUCACUCUUCCUGCUUGUGAAAAUGUUGGAAUCACUUUACCCAACUACGUAUAUCAGACACCCGACUUUCAGAAUAAUAGAAACGAUCGGGCUAACAUGGACUACGACACAUGGGAUGUAAAGAUAGGUGCAUCCAAAAUAAGCCGCUUUUUAAAAGUUGACAUCAGCACUGUUAGAAAGUGCGGACAAGCUUUCGCCAUACUGUAUUGUCAUCUAUAUUUUCCCAGUUGUGAUCGAACCCAAAGUGUGUUUAAGGAACAAAAGAUAUGCCACGAGUCGUGUCUUCAUUUGACUCGCAUGUGUGGUGAACUGUGGGAAAUGUUUGUAAAGUCUUAUACAAUUCGCCACCCGAAGGCGGAGGAAACGAAGCUCCUUCGUUGCGAACUACAACCCACAAGGAAUGCUGGUGACUCACCAGAAUGCUGGUAUUUCAGUGGAGACACAAAGUCUACAGGUAACAUUAUACAUAAUGAAAGCAGUGCGUGCAUAUCAUAAUAGAUAUCUUAUAUACACUAGAUAGUGCAUCUAAUUAUUCUGCAAUUCAAAAACUGAAGCCGUGAUUGCAGGCUCAGGAUAUUCCCAUGAAAUGAGAAGAUUCGUAUGUUUUCUAUUUCUUAAACAGGGGAACUUAAGCAUUAAGUUAAACCUAUUCGAAAUAAAUUUUUAAACUAUUCAAAUGAUGAAAGUUAUUGUUGUUUUUAAGCGUUUAUUAGCGAGUGGGAAGUACCAACAGGGCCGCCAUCUAUUCAAAUGGGGGUAACCGCUAGAAUAUUCUUGGCUUCAAUUUUACUAAAAGAGAUGCUCUAUCUAGUGUAUAUAAGAUAUAUAUUGUGCAUAUGCAAAUAAAAGUGCCUAUAUAUACUGUACACAAAUUACGAUUUUUCCGUCAAAUACCUGCCUGCCACUGAAGGUCAAAUUGCUUACAUGAGUUAUUGAGUUACUAUGCUGCUCUAACUUUAUUUCUUGUAAACCUGCUCUAAACUUCACCAAGAAAAAUUUGUGGUUUUUUGGUAGAGCUUAUACUAAUAGUAUAUAGUUUUACAGGUGGCUUAAUCAACCAUUAUCCUCUAGCAAUCAUAUCUAUUUGUUCAUUGUAACUCGUUUUUGCUUAUUUUUAGAUGCAUUUCCAGCUCCAGAAUUGGCUACAAACGCAGGUAAAAACCCCAGAGAACAGCCUAAAUCAAAUUAAUAUUUAACCUAAUUUACCGAAUUAGCCACAACCUCCCAAGCCAUGCAGGCUCUCUACUUUCGCUUCCCUCCCAAUCACGCUCCAUGCAUGUUUGGGAUGGAGGCAGAAGUAGAGAGCCUGGCUUAGGAGCUAGGUCGAAUUAGCCAGAGGCUUAGACAUGUGAGCAGUGCGAGAACAGUGGUUCAAAGUAUGUGCCUUGCCACUUUGCAACCAACUUAAAGUUCUGUCGCAUGAGAAAAGAACACUUUUGUACGUAAGCUCUUCCAAACACCGCAGGUUUUCUCCCUGCAGUACUCCAGUUUCCUACGUACCGCUGCAAUGACAUGAGACGUAAUAGGGAUAGACCAUUUUGGACCUUAGAGAAGAACAAUACAGAACUCAUAAAAUAUUCGUAUCUUUAGCUCAGUUCAGGUUUUCAGCAUUAAAAAUGUUAUCAGUUUACUUUUCUCCCUGUGCCAACACUACUGGAGCAAAAAUGGAUGGACCUACAAAAAGAAAAGUUUAGAGUUGGUAGAACUAGCCAGUAUAAAUAAAGUUAGAUUAGUUUAGGUUUUUUCUGCAUUAACACUGGACCUAAAUAUGGCUAGCCGUUACUGGACUUCAAGGGAGAACAGUUUAGAACUCACACGGCUAUCCAGUAUCAUUAACGUUUGAUAAUGUAUAACAUUAUGUACAGUACAAUGACAACAAUAUCUGUGAGAUAAAACUGAGACGAUAAAUCCAGACAUAUAAUCUUUUUUCGCACAGAUUGUCUGUUCUUAAACGGGAGCAGUUACCAUGGCAACAUAUCUGUCACAGCCUCAGGUAUUCCGUGUCAAUCAUGGACUGAACAAUGUCUGCAUCGUCAUACCAUGAACGAAACAUAUCCAGAACUAAAUAACGCUCAGAAUUAUUGUCGAAAUCCUAAGAACUCAGGACAACGACCUUGGUGUUUUACUACAGAUAGGAACAAGAGAUGGGAGUACUGUGAUAUCCCUAGAUGUAUACCAGGUAUUUGGUAAUAUUGGAUUGUGGUAUCCUUUCAUCAUGGACAAUAGGUAUAACAUAAACUGGGGAUUAAAUUACCUGAAACAGUUAAACUGUGCUGUGUGGUCAAACAUGGGUCGUAUAGGACCUUCCUAUUUUACCUUUGUGGUGCAACUUUCGCAACAAUAUCUAGAUUUGUUUGAAAGCAACGAAACCAAGUUUAUUCCAAAUACUGCCAUUUAAUUUUUAGUUAAUAUAUACAGAAAAAUUUUAACCAGACUGUUUUAAAGCCGUGCGGCAACGAAAGCUCAAUGCUUUUCUUUUGCGCAUAGUUGAUGGCAGUUAUGGCAACUGGUCAUUAAACAUUACGUGCAAUGUAACUUGUGGUGAAGGGUUUGGAACAUGGACACGAGAAUGUAACAAUCCUCAACCAAAGUAUGGUGGAAUAAAUUGCAGUCAUCUAGGAGAACAUGUUCAGUACAGACCAUGUUCAGCAAAGCCUUGCCCUGGUAAGUUAAUUCCUUAUUAAAAUAAAUAUUUCUCAAGACAUUUACUGUAGCGACCUUUAAUUCCCAUGGUAUUUUUUAUUAUUAUAUUUAGUUAACGGUGACUACAGCAACUGGACUUUGAGUAUCUCAUGCAAUGUUUCGUGUGGUGAUGGCGUGGAAAUAUGGCGACGUUUUUGUAAUAGACCUGAACCAAAAUACGGCGGUGAAAACUGCAGAGAACUUGGGAGCUCUUCUGAGUUUAGAAACUGUACCCAAAAACCAUGUCCAAGUAAGGCUAGACUAAAACGUCAACUAAACAACAAACUUACUGUUCUACUGGAUAUAUCUAUCAGUCGUGUCUUCUCUAAAGUUUUGGAAGAACUAUCUCCUAUUCAGGGGGAAACAUUAGCAAACGUAAAUGAUAAUUAUAAAUGGCCAAAAUACGUAAAAGAGCGAACACAAGACCCCAAACAAGAUUAUGCCUGAUUAGAACAAGAUGAUACUUUUUAAUAUAAAAAUGCAUUGCUUUUCUUCUUUGCAUAGCCAGAAUGUUAUACAUACCAAAGUGCCACGUAGAGUGCCUUAUUGUGCAUUUCCAUUUUUAGUCGAUGGCAACUACGGCAACUGGACAACAUCACCGUGCAGUGCCACGUGUGGUCAAGGUGUAGAGAUAAGGGCACGGCAGUGUGAUAACCCCUCUGGAAAAUAUGGAGGAAAUUGUAGCAAACAGGGACCGCCUCAACAGAUUCGGUCUUGUGAAAUAAAACCUUGUCCAGGUAAGGUUUUAUUAUAUUUUUGUCCUUGUCCAGCUAAUUUUCCCAAAAUAGCAGGGUUACACAAACUUUUAAGUUUAAGCUUAAAAGCAUUAUCAUACAGCACAUGGUGUUCAACCAGAAGCCUAGACAGUGGCAGACACUUGCGUUGGGGGAGGGUCGGGGUAUAUGUUUCCAACACUUGUACACGACCAUCUUUCGUACUUGGAAACCCCAGCUCUUUAAAUUUUUGGUCUAAAAUUUAAUGCAAUACUGUGUAUAGCUUUGUUAUAUAUACAGUUGUUCAGCUAUCAUUUAAAGGCUUUCAGAGGUUACAGUAUGUAGGUCGGGCGGGGGACAGGGGCGUGGUGGGAGCGUUCCAAAAUCAAGAGCGCCAACUCUUUAUUGGUAUAUUAUAUUCUUGCUUAGCAUUUAUAUGCUGGAUUUAUUUAUUUUACUGACUCGCGGUUUGAGAGGGCACGCUGGUUUCUGCAUUGGAACAGACAAAACAUUGCAUGGAUCGGUCACAAGUCUGCACCUGACCGUUCAUAGCUGAAUUUUAUUUCAUAACUGUCUUCAAACUGGUGACUACUACAAGAAGGUAAAUUAAAUAGAAUCGAAGCAUCAAACUGGUGACCGCUACAAGAAGGUAAAUUAAAUCGAGGCAGACAGCAAAAAAUGUCAAUACUAUCAUCACGACAAACCAGGGCAAUAAAUCAGUGAGGUCAAAAAAGCAUUUUUCCAGUCGAGUAAACAAAGAUAUUUUUUAAAAACAUUUCAGUCCACUUCGACUCUCAGAUGAUUGGUAUCACCGUUGUUGCUGUUGUUUCUGUGAUCAUCUUAACCGUGGCAUGUCUUAUUCUCAUUCUUCGAAGACGACGUCGAAAAGCAGGUGAGGUCAAAUUCUAAUUUGUUCUAAUUGAAAGAUAAGUUGUUUAGAACAAAAAGAUUAGGGAAAACAUUGGUGUCAUUGUCUUAACCUGUCAUGAUUACUUCUUUCUUUGUUCUAAACUACUCUCAUUAAGAGGUUGUGCUUUGAUAUCUAACCUUUUAGAAUUGAUGCAUUUAUUUGAUUUGCAAAUUCUUUCAAUUAUUACACAUUUUUCGUUUGAUUUGAAAAAUUACAAGUAAUAUAUACCAAAACUAAUCGAGAUCAUGGUGUGCAAACUAUGAUUUUAACUUUAUCCAAACAUAUCUCUUGAAAGUUUUUCAAAAACACUGUUGAAUAAUUCGAUUGGUUAGUUGACACAAAGAUCCAUUAUUGUGAAAGUAAUAUUAAGUUGGCAUCAUCGAUCACGUCAAAUCUCGCGAGAAAAAAAUUUCAGCCAUACCAUUUUUCACUAACUUACAGAAAUUUGUACAAUUUGUCAGGAACAUUUUCGUAAAUUUAUCAAAAUUUUUCCUACAAUUACAAUUUUGCCUACAAUAAUUAUUAUUUAUGUAAAAUGUUUUGGUGAAUUAAAUAUUUUUGCCCGACGAGCGUGUCGUUAAAAUUACUAAAAUUGCCCGACAAAACUGCAAUAUUACAACAUUGGAGGGGGUCGCCCCCCCCCCCUACCCCUCAGGAGUUACGCCCCUGAUAUAAACAUCGAAGAUGCCCUUAUUGUGAGGAAAUUCUUAUGUUUUUAAAAAUAAUUUGGUCAAAAAUUAAGUUCAUUGUACGUUGGAAUUCGAAAAUUUAAGAAAUCAAUUGUAUUAAUAAGCAUGAAAUGUGGUAUGACCAGAACAUUUAGGUGCCUUUUCACUUUCAAAAGUGCCCCUGAAAGUCGGUGCCCCCCCCCCUCCCCCCAAUAGUUUGAUGCUUCCUACGCUCCAAUCAAUUAAUAAUGGUAAUUGAACUGAGUGGAGUGCAAUUUGGACUGAAAUCAAACGCGUGAUUACAAAAUCGCACGACGGCGAAGCGGGGGUGCGAUUUGUAAUCACAACUUUGAUUUCAGUCCAAAAUUGCACGACACGAAGUUCAAUUUCCACUUUAUUAUAUUCAUUUUGAAAUCUUAAAUAUUUUUGUAAAUCGGAAACGUUUUUGUUUGCAAAAGGCACACCUCCGGUAACUCCCUGAGUGCUGUAGCAUAGCAACAAUAAGCGAACAAGAUGAAGUUUAAUUGAUUUGUAAGUUUUGUUUAUAAAUAUGUUCAAAAACUGCAAAAAUCUUAAAGAAAUGAAGACAUUUAUACAGAAUAAGAGACAACACAAGUAAGUUUAAACACAUUGUAGGUCCUACGAGUGAUUGAAAGAGUUUUGGUGCAGUUUUGUGCGUUUAAAAUUGGAAAUACGAUAGGCGAAUUUACCUUUUGUUUUCCCGUAGUCCUGUCUGACUUGACGCUUUAAAUUUGCUUUUGUUGGCAUUUUUGCCAGUUACUAUUUGUGAAAUUUAAAAAAAAUUUAAAUUCUUUGCAAUUCGUUGAUAGUUUACUGUAGCUAUCCAUAUUUUUUUGUUUUUAUGUGCAAAAAAUUGCUUAGGCACUCAAGAGUAAUCAUAUGACAUGUAAACUUUUUGUUUUUGCUCAUUUGCCAUAUCACAUUUUUCUUAAAAUUCAUUGGCUGUUUGAAUCCUAUGAUUAAAUAUGAUUGGUUGGCUGAAGUCAGCACUCUAAUAUGAUUUGUUGAAAGAAGGUGCGAUUUCAGCACGUAUCGCACUGCUAGGAGUGCGAUUCGUGCUGAAAUCGCACUCCUGUGAACCAAUCAGAUUGCAGGAAACACCAUUGAUUUCAAAAUGAAUAUAAUAAAAUUUAAAAGAUUGGAUAAUGGUGAAGUCGUCUCAACAUAACAUCGUAGCACAUUAUAGACGCUAUAAAGCUUAUCGAUUUUCCAGACCAUAUGUUGAUUGACUAAACGGACUAUGAUUGUUUUAAAUUUUAAUAUUUCCAGUGUUUUAUUAGAUUGCUAACAUACACGAUCAAAUCAACGUCUACUGACAUUAAUAAUCUACAUACUGAAAUUUGAAUUAUCUAGGCCCUACUUAUUACGCCAGUAGUUUGGAUAUUUUACCGCCACGAUCCCACUGUCUUGAGCAGCUGGAAGGCAACAAUAUUUCAGCUGAAUACCAAAACCAGACAAGUGAAGGGGAACCAGCUCCAGGCUUCUCGCGUGGUGUGGUGCGCUACCGAAAAGAUUACAUGAAUACAGGACCCGCGCGACAUUCAUGGUAUGACAGACUUCAGCUGAUUCGACCAUUAGCGACGGAGUGGUUUCAAAAUGCGUGGGGGAAUGUGGACGAGUUUGGCCGUCAUGUUUACGACGUCAUGCAACGCGUCCGACAUGUUUUUGUCCCAUACAACAAGUUGGGUAACCUAUUACAAGGCGACUUGGUCGGAAGUGGAGUGGGGAGAAGUAAUAAUACUUAUAGAACAAUGGAAAGGCCCGCAGCAGUUAUAUUGCCCAACGAAAGUGGGAAUGAGUCGACGAUUGAAAAUGUUUGAUCUAUCAGACUAUCGAAGUAUAGAACCUUGGUCCAUGUCAUCAUGGAAACUUGCCUUCUUGUUACAAUAUUAAUUUUAAGAUUAACUGUAGUGCUAUACGGCAAACUAAGGAACGUUGUCGCGUAAUUUACCUAAAUCCCUCAAUGAGCUACUAUUAUUUCAACGUAAUUAGAACUUUGGAGACAGCGCUCCAGGUUUUUUAGUUCAGUGGUUGAUGUAAAGAUUUAUAGUUGAAGCACAUGGACGCAAAUCCGCGUGACUACUAAUUUACACUUUUUAAAUAUAUUGCAAUUGUUAUUUGAUUGUCAUGAAUAUAUGGUUAUUUUAUGAGGAUUUUCUCUAAUAUACGAACGGUAUACUUGCAAUUUGGUGAUGUUAAUAAUGAUCUAGCUGAUACUUGACAACG